UCUUGAUCUCCCCUCUCAUCUACACUAAUGGCUUCACCUUCUUCUUUCUUCCUCUUCUCUCUCAUCGCACUCUCUCUUUCUCUCUCCUCAGAGGCCGGGACCUUUCCUCCUCCAGCGAAAGGCCUCUCCUAUACAUUUUACAGCACCAAGUGCCCAAACUUGGAGUCCAUUGUGAGGAACUACUUGAGCCAAGAACUUCAGAAGGAUAUCGGUCUCGCUGCCGGACUCCUUAGAAUCCAUUUUCAUGAUUGUUUCGUGCAGGGAUGUGAUGCCUCGGUGUUGUUGACAGGGUCCGGUAGCGAGCAGUCGGCACCGCCGAACCUGACGCUCCGGCAGUCGGCGUUUAAGGUCAUCGACGACCUCCAGACUCUGAUUGAGAGAGCUUGCGGACGAGUCGUGUCUUGUGCUGAUAUUGUUACAUUGGCUGCGCGAGAUUCCGUCGCUCUGGAUCGAAGGGAAUCUUUUGACUUUUUUACUCAUAGUGAAUUAUUGGCGGAUAUUACCCUAGAUGAAAUUAGUGAGUCUGUAUGA